AGCGAAAUGGAACGUGUUGGCUUAUCAACAUUUAUGUUUCCACAUUUUUCGAUUUCUGAAAUUCAAAGUAGCCCGUAAUAACAAUGGCGAGAAUCAUCAGAUCUAAAAUACACAGAAAAAAUGUGUAUUGUUUACUGACAAGAAUAACGGAAUCCUAGCAGCAAAGAAAACGUUGCCAUGGUGAGGAAUGCGGUUGUCGUUGCAAGAAAAAAUGGAUCUCGACCCCAAGUACACGUUCGUACCUCUGCCGGAAAAGAAUUUAGAGGGAAUAAAUGACAAAAAAACUGGCGAGUUUUUCAAAAAAUGGGGGACGAAUUUCAGCAUUCAGGAAUAUUUAUUCAACGAGCCAUUUCAUCAGUACCACAAGCAACCAUUUGCAGAGGCAUUUUUCAAAAAUGAGCAUGUAGCUAACACACUGAAAAUUUAUGACGGUGGUUCGUGGAUGCCACGAGGAAUUCCCGCGUCUUCGAUUACAAUUAAACAAAUUCCGUGCUCGGUCAUGAAUAUGUCGUUCUUCGAUAAAGUGAAAAAUCCAGAGAAUAAAAUAAUUCAUGAUUCUGGAACGAUUUGCAAACGUUGGGAUACCGAGAUCGAUGGAAUUAUGGUCUCGGACAAUCUCAGAGGCAUGCUCCUGGACGAAGAUUCUCCCGAGUAUUUCUUGUACCCGGCUGCGGAGCGCAGUGAAUUCAUUUUUCGGAUUUUCCAAACGCUCGUAAUCGGUGGGGAAUUAUGUCAAUACGAGGACGCGCUCGAACCUUAUCUCGAAUACACGAAAAACUUCUACAAAAAUCUCAUCAGAGUUCAAAGACCUUCGGACUCCGGAGACUUGGCAGUCACCACAAUGGUGCUGGAAGUUGUAGCGAAAGAUGUCGAGGGCCUUUCGUACUAUCCCUGCGAUGACGAGCAUAUUCAGAACAAUGCAUUUUUGCUCAUAGACAGCGAUCUCCGAGUCGUAAAAACGCUUGCUCAUCAAUAUUCCGGAUAUUUUGCUUAA